GAUUUUUGCGUUAAUGCCGAGAAGAUUAGAACUAGAAGAAAAAUCUAGUGCUUGCUAGAGUUGCACGGAUGGAAGCAAACGCAACAUCCAAUCUCUCAGAUGCAAUCACUAUAGGAGACUUCGUAUUGAAAUCAAAGCUCGGAGAAAGUUCUUUCUCCGCAGUGUGGAAGGCAGAGCGCAGAUCAAUCGGAGAGGAGGUUGCGGUGAAGCAGGUCUUCCUCUCGAAACUCAACAAACACCUCGCCAACUGCUUGGACUGCGAAAUCAAAUUCCUUUCUUCUGUAAAGCACCCCAACAUCAUUCGCCUCCUUGAUGUCUUUCAGACUGAAAAUUGUAUGAUCAUGGUUCUGGAGUUCUGUGCUGGAGGGAAUCUGGCCUCUUAUAUUCAGUGUCAUGGAAGAGUUCAAGAAAGGAUUGCUCAAAGAUUCAUACAGCAGCUUGGAGCUGGUUUGGAGGUUUUGCACACCCAUCACAUCAUUCAUAGAGAUUUGAAACCAGAGAACAUUCUCCUUUCUGGCUCCAAGGAUGACUUGGUGCUCAAGAUAGCUGAUUUUGGUCUUUCAAGUAGCAUUUCACAUCCAGGCACAUACAUUGAGACAGUAUGUGGUUCCCCAUUAUAUAUGGCUCCAGAAGUUCUGCAAUUUCAAAGAUAUGAUGAGAAGGUGGACAUGUGGAGUGUUGGUGCCAUUCUUUUUCAGCUUCUUAAUGGUUACCCACCUUUCCGCGGGAGGACUAAUGUUCAGUUGCUGCAGGAUAUCAAGUCAUGCACAUAUCUUCCAUUCUCUAAGUUCAUCCUUCCACAAUUGCAUCCAGACUGUAUAGAUAUAUGUUCAAGACUUCUAUCCAUAAAUCCAGUUCAGCGCCUGUCUUUUGAGGAAUUCUAUCAUCACAGGUUCUUGAAUGGGGAACUGAAAUCUAAUUAUGACCUUUGGAAUUAGAAUACUGCACUGCCUCACUGUGGUAAAGGACCCUUGAUAGAUAAGUGUGACUGGGACAGAUACUCAGAUAUUGAAGUUAUUAGAUCAUAGGACUUUCACGGCUGCCAGGGGAAUCACCAGAGAGUGGCACAACAAUGGCAUAAAAACAUCCCAAUCUCGAUGGAGGCUAAUAUUUCCAGCUCUAAACUGCUGCGCUAACCCUUAAAAUUGUAUGCUGCAGUCAAAGGAACAUAGAUAUCAGCAUACCAAGCCAGGAAGAUCAUUUCUUCUGCUUGGUGCGCAAUGUUUUGUUUAGAAAGAAGAGUUGGAAGAACCGUGCAUGGUGAAGUUGACAUGACAAGGGACGACUAGGAGAAAACAGUGAAGAUGGUAUUCUGAUCAACUCAACUGAGCUAGCUUUGUUCUUUUCUUUCAAAGAAAAUUGCAGUGUCCACUCAUUAAUUUAUGAUUCCUUGCAUACACGACUGCGACUUCCUUACGACUGCGACUUCCUUGCGAUGGCGAGAUAAAAAGGGGAAAAUAAAAAAAGGCUGGUUCCUUGCGACCCAGAAUCCGAGGCGAAGCAUUAUGCCAUUAACAUCUCUUUUCAUUCUAAUUUCAAGUUUGCUUAUGGGGGCAUUUGGAUUAGUUCUUUAGAUGCAGUUUAUAUAGUUGAUAAUUAAUAUUUAACAGCUAAUAAUUAUUAUUAUUUAUAGUGUAAUAAUUAUUGUUGUUUAUAAUGUAAUGUAUGUAAUUCGUUUGAUGGGAAACAUUGUCUGACAACUGAUUGUGGAAACUCAAACAAAUACCUCUAUUUUGA